CAACACUGGAGUAAUUUGUUCAUAGUUGCACUUCGCGUUCACUGAUCAAGGUUGCAGUUUUCGCUCUGUAAAGUGACCAUCACUGGAAGAAAAGUUGGGGAAUAUUUUCGAAAACGUUCAUCCUUACCAUGGCAGAAGCCCAGGAAGUUUGGGAGGCAGCUGGAGUGAAGUUUAUUGGCCCCCAUGCGCGUCACGUAGACCUCGAUGAGAAUGUCAGAUUCGUCUUCUUGAGUCUUGUCUGGACGAGCAGAAAAUGGGGCAAGUGUCUCGCCCAGAUCACUGCUGUGUGUGGUGAGGAUUCUCUUGAUGCGUAUGUAAGGCCAACUCGUACCAAACUGCUGGAUAGCAAGUAUCUUAAGUGGGCCGCCAAUCUGGAAUGGGACGGAUCGACCAUGAAGAAAGGCGGCAUCCCGAUUCCAGCAGACGACAUUCUUGAACUCGAGGCAGCAAUGACUCUGCUGGUGGAAUGGCUCAGAGAAAAGAAACCUGUCGUUUGCGUGGUGGGAGAUUUCAUGCUGAUCGACUCGUGCCUGCUUGUCAACCUGCUAUGUCAAGCAGGUCUGUACAAUGCAUUCGCCAGCGUUUGUCGUGGGUUCAUAAGCGGCUUCACUAUCCUGCAACACACACACAGGUGGGAAAGACAAAGAAACGUCAUUUUUAAUGCCCGGAGACUCAGGGAUGCAAUACAGGCUAUAGAUUGCGACCUGCAGUUCCUCCAGGAAAAAUCCUUGACCGUGGAGUGUGUGCAGGAGUAUCACGCGGAUACAGAGAGGACGUAUUGGGCUCGGACCACUUUUAAGGUUCUCUAUGACGAGGAAGUAAUCACCAGAAGCCAUGCUAGGCGACUGGCGGUUGCUGGAUGGACCUUUAAAGAUAUGAAGGAAAUCUACAAGAACGACGGUGAAGAGGUACUAAAAUACAAGCUCGGUUUGGUUACCCGGGAUGUGCUUGUGAAUCUUCAGGGAACUGUAAACCCGGACGUGCUAAGCGAGAGAAACAUAAACGAUAUUUGCAAUUUCUUGAAGAAAAACAAAUAAUUGUUUUAUGCCGAUUAACCUUUCUACACUGAUUAUCCAAAAUGUAGACGUUUGGUACAUUCUUUAGAAGUGCUUCCCGACCUUUUAUAAGCUGCAAGCCGAAAUACGGUGUUAACCUGGACUCGCGACUUUUUCAUGUUAGAUGUACUUGCAGGCGUUUGCGAACUUACGUCAUUCUAUUUAUAUAGGUUUAUAUGUCCAUCUGAUAGUGAUAACAAAAACAAUAGUAAAGAUAAUUAUCAAUACUACUUACUACUACUAAUAUUAAUAAUAAUACUAAGACUACUACUAAUAAUAAUAUGAUUGUGGUUACCAUAAUCAUUACUAUUAUUAUUAGUAGCAGCAGGAGUAAUAUUUUUAUUAUUUUUGUUUCCUACUUCUUGCAUCCAAUGUAAACCUUUUGUAUAAUAUUACAUUAAAGUGAUUUAUACUCGUAUCUUUACACACAGCGAUAUCAGUGAGAAUUUGCCGAAAUGAGAUUUAAUAUGUAUAAAAUAAGAAUAAGUUUGACUAUAUAAAUUUGUAUAUAUUGAUUAUAUGUCGCGGUAAUCAAGACCACAUGUUCAUAUCUUAGGGUUCAUGGAAUAUUUUUAAAGGCCUGUAAAAAUGUUUCGGAGCAAAUCGAUGAGUUGUUUAUCGCCACAUUAAGAAUUCAUCUCUUGAUAUUAUGUGGACAAGAACGUAUCAUUGUUUAUAUAUGCUGAUUUUUUUCAAUAUGUGUGAUCGGCUGCAGAAUUUGAAUUUUGGUGUACCAGCUUGCAUAUCACAGCUUACAGCCUUUGGGAAAAUAUAGGCUUGGACAUGCACUCUUGUAACAAAAUAAAAUAGGAAGAAAUAAAGUUGACACACAUUAUAGACUCUUAUUUCAAAUAUAAAAAGACAACCUCAGAUGGAAAGAGGGACGUAGCAUUGAAGGGCUAGCUACACAAACA